GGGAUCUCUGCGCAUGCGGAAGGAGAGAUCCGCGUGUGCUUUCCGCGAACUACGGUGGCCCGGAAGGUGCUCCUGUUCUUUCGAAUGGCGGCGAGAAGGCUGAGUCUCCCAAGGCGGAUCUCCGGCAGGUUUUCCCGAAGAAACAUCUUACAGAUUUGUUGCAUUUCUGAGAUUAAUAUUUACAGUUUGGAGUUGUCAGCUUUCUCAUGAGAUAUAUUUUGGCAGUCCCAAUGAAAGCUUUCUUUGACGUUUUAGAACAAUUAUACAGGAAGGUACUUCUGGGAGCCACACUUGAAAAUGAGAACCAUGAUUACAUCUUUUAUCUCAACCCAUCAUCUUUGGAUCAAGAUUGCUCUACAGCCCCCUCUUCAGAAUGCCCAGACCCCCAUGGUGUCCAGGACAAGCAUCAGCCAUCCUCUGCCAAUUUGGCUACCAUUUCUGUAGUGCCUGUGUGUUUGAAGAAACACUCGCCGAUAUGCAGUGCCCGGGAAGUAAUGCUCCUUCAGUUAACAGUAAUCAAAGUGAUGAUAACCAGAAUAUUGUCUGUUGAAACUGACUUCCGUGCAAAGGAGAAAUACAGAGAUAUAAUUAAAAUUCUUUUAAAAUCAUCUGACAUCGAUUCUAAAUUAACCUGUAUGUUCCAAAACUCGGAUAAAUUGUUAUCUCACAUGGCUGCAAAGUGCCUUGCACUACUUCUGUAUUUCCAAUUGAGAGAAAAGAUAACAUUUAGUAAUUCCUGGAUUGCUUUUUGCCAAAAAAAUCUUUCUGAAUACCCUGAAAAUGAGAAAGCAGUAUACUGCCUCUGGACGCUUACUGUUAUAAUAAAAGAAAUCUUUAAAGAUACAUGUUCACAAAAAACAGAAAUUUUAAAGCAGUUCUUGACUCCUUUUGACACUAUUUUUGAAGUUUUUUACAGUUCGUUAUUUUCUCAGCAUUUUGAAAGCUGUCAAGAUACAUCUAAAAUAAUAAACAGCUUGAUAUGUUCCCUGGAAUUACUUGAACUUCUUAUAGCUUCCAGAAUCCAUCUGAAGCUACAUUUCACUUGCCAGAGGAUUUUAUUUUUGAAACCUUCUUGUGUGCUAGACAUUAUUACCUGGCCUGUUCAGGCUUUUGUCAAAAGGAAGUUCAUCAUAUUCAUCAAGAAGUGCCUUCUCUGGAAAGUGGGUGAAGACCUUUUUCGGGGAUCUAGCCCUGUCGUAAUGCCACCAGAUCAGCAUUUAGAUGUAGAUAUUUUGGCUUUAGCUGAUGCUGUUUUGCGAGCUGUGGAUUUGGGCUUAUUGAGGACGUUGUCUGUCCAUGGAAAACCUCCCUGCUUUGGUGGAGAUGAAAUUCAACCUACAUGUGAGCAUGUCCCUGGUCCAGAUCAUGUUAUUCUCAGAGCAGCAAGCCUACUUAUCAUUAAAUCCGUAGAAAUCAAGUUUCAAAGUUGUGCUUCAGCACAUGAAAUGAAAGUUGAUUUACAGAGUUUCAUGUGUGAGUUACUGACCUUCUUAAAGCCUCACCUUCAGCCCUCCCUUCAGUCACACAAUCCAUGUGAGUGGAUCUCCAAGGUCUUCAUAGAACAAGAUGAUGACAUGCUGGAGGCUGCCAAAGCAUCACUGGGCAUCUACCUAAAGUUGACCAGACAACGUAAAGCUACUGAAAGCUCGACCCAAGAAAAAGAAAUGUGGAACCAUCACACACAUGAGUAUGGUUAUAAUCCACACUGUAUUUUCUUAUUCUUACUGAAAAACAUAGGAUUUGAUUCUUCAGUUCUUCUUGACUUUUUGAUUUCAUCGGAAACCUGUUUCCUUGAAUAUUUUGUUAGAUAUUUAAAAUUACUGCAAAAAGAUUGGACUCAUUUUUUCACGAUUUGCAAGUAUUUUGACGUAACUGAAUCUAAAGAUAGCAUAAAUAUUUCUGGUUGUGGCUCCUCACUUGUCCAAGACGGAAGCAGGAACCAAACAGAACUUAGCCCUUCCGCUGCUCCUGGUAUUCCCAGAAGUGCUCAUGCUUCGAUCUCUUGGGCUUCUAAUGUUUCUUCUGGAUCUCUGAGCCAUCUUGUGAUUUCCAAGGAGACCCAUGCCACACUCCAGGCUGAUAGUCUGCCUCCCCUACGAGCUUCUCAAAAUCUGGUAAAUUAUGACAGCUCUGAUGAUUCUGAAGCAGAAGACACAGACCAGCACUCAGCAAACAGUAAACAAACAUCUUUACACCAGGAAGCAAUGAAGAAAUCUCAGGACCCAGUUGGAACAAGUAUGGAUAAAAAACAACUUCGCCUAGAGCCUCAAUCAAGGCCUCUGGUUCCAAAACAGUCUAAUAAUCCCUUCUCUGUUGAUUGUGAUAGAGUCCCAGAUAACUUCUCCGAAGUGGGAAUAUCUUACACAACACUGAAGUGCUUUGAAGAGCUACAAGGUGCCAUUUACCGUCUGCAGAAGAAAAAUCUUUUCCCGUAUAAUGCCACGGCACUUUUGAAGUUGUUAAAACAUAUUGAGGCAAUAUAUAACGAGAGUAUGAACACUUUGUGAAACAGUAGCAUUUUAUUUCCAGGCGUGACAUGGCGUGAUAUAAAUUGUGCCUUAAUGAGAUAAUUGUAAAAAUAAAUAAAUACCCUCAAAAGCA